UAUUCAUUUCUUCGUCUUGUUUGUCUUGCUUCAAAAUUAAAUUCAUCGGAUGCAAAAAUUUGUCGAAGUACUUUCAAUCGUAUUUUAUUUUUUGAAUGCAAUUUAUUUUCACUAAAACAGAAACAAAAAUUAUUAGGUUUUUUGUGUGAAAUGCUUAGUACCCAACUACUGUUUUAAAAAUCAAGGUUAAAUAGGCAUGGCUACUGCUUAUGAUGAUGAUAGUACAGAUGAGGAAAUCGGAAUGAAUCUUCAGCUGGCUGAGCGAUUGAAUAUUCACAGGGGAGAGUAUCCUCAAUCAUCUUCAGAUCAUCAUUAUGAGAACAGUAACGACUAUAAGCAAUAUUUUAAUGCCCCAAAACAGAGACACCUCCCAGACAGCUCUUCAAGUGUCGAUUCUUCUCAUAAAGAUUGCUCAUUUUCAAUAAUGCACGGGCCUUAUGUCCCUCAUAAUAAGAAAAGACAGAAUGGUGAUAAAACUUUUGAACAGUUUGCAAAUCCAAAACGGACUUGCCUUAAUGGAAGGUACCCUAAUAGUACUGACUGGCGUGAUUCCAAAAAGUAUGAGAAAAAUGACAUUCGAUAUAAUGGUUCUAAAUUUUUUGAUUCAGUGCAUCAACAAUCUGAGCAAAGUACCUCAAAUCAAAGUCUUCACCCUGAUAAAACUUAUGAAGAUCAUUUAAAUAAUCUAGCUGACGCUGAGGAUUCUGAUUUGGAUUUAACAUCAAAGUUUUCACAUCGAAUGAAGGACAAGUUAAAAGAACAAAUUUCUAAGGCUCAUUCUAUCUCCUGUACUUCUGGAGGUUGUCCUGAACCUCAUAUACCUUAUCAGUUUGUGACCAGGCGUGGCGUGCAAUUUAUUGAAAGUGGCAGUGAUGAGGAUUCUAAAACAGCAAUGAAUGGUGCUCUGAAAGGUGGUAGGCAGUCCCCUGAUAUUCCAUUACCCAAAAGGAGGGUAAUAGGUCGUAAAGGGAAAAAGGUUCUUGAUAGUGAUGAUACUGAGGAUGAGUGUUGGAAAUCUGGAUAUCGUGGUCGAGCACUAGUAUUCUCUUCAUCGGAUAGCGAAGAUAGCAGCCAAAAAAGAGUUGGUUUGUUUGAAAAUGGCACGUCUAAACAUCAUGCAAAUCAUUCAUUUUCUAGAAAAAAUGGUAGCCCUCAUUGUGAUCAUUAUCCCCGGAGACAAAAGUCUGGUAUAAUUUCUCGUCACCGAAGAUCUCCUACAAAAUCUUUACAUAAUCCUACUUCGUCUUUCAGAUCUCAAAAUUUUGCAGGUGAUGGGUGCAGCUCUCAAUUCAAUAGCUCAGUCUCUGUUCCGACAGAAUUGCACAGGAAAAGCCCAAAUAAAUCAUGUAGAUCUCGUAGAAGUACUAGAUCAAAUAGGCCUCCAUCAGCAAUAACCGAAAACUUUGUAUCUGGUGUGAAUCAGCCAACGUCAUCUACAAGAGGUAGAAAUCAGGCACAUGGCAGCACGAGAUGCUUGGGAAUUUCCGGUUCUUCCCAUUCUAAAGCAUUGCACAGUCAUCGGCGAUCAGGUAGCAAAGGUUCGAGAAAUAGAUCCUUAAGCUCCUGCCGCUCACGUCAAGAAAAUGCAGAUCUUGUGGCUGCAUAUCCCGAAUUAUUUGAAGCCGAUGAAGAUAGUAGUGAGGUUGAAUUUUUCACUGCUAACUCAUAUUCAGAUACAGAAACUAGUAAUGAAUCCUUAAGAGGCUUAACUAUUAAUGCUACUUUUGUAAAUACUUCUGAGCCACAAAGCAAUAGAGACAUAAUAUGUGAACAUUCUGUUAAUAUUGCUAGCAGUGAAGAUGAAAUCAGUGUGGUAUUUUCUACCGCUCCUCAUGCUAGAAAUAGUGAGCAAAGAAGAAAUGGAAGAGCUUUAGGUCGUAGGUAUGGCAGAGGCACUGUGCACAGACAUUUCCAAAACAACUACGAAGUAGUUUCGUUAUCUCCUGAUCCUGUAGAACAAGUUCGCCAGAUGGAAGAAGAUGAAAGAUUUGCAAGGAUGUUACAGGCUGAGUUUGAUGCAGAAGCGAAUGCCCCUCGCCAUCCCGCUGUGAUUCAUUUUGAAAACUGGUCUGAGAGUGAUGAUAAUAGUAUCAUUGACCCCGUGGGGGGCUCAGAGUCAGAGGAGCCUUUUGAGUCACCUCUUCUUCCCUUUGUGCAAAGAGUUGAGCAGAUACACAGAAGAGGUCACAGGAUCCCUAAUCGUGUUACCUCGAGUGCUCUUUUACCUCCUACUCCUACUGGAAUAUAUGGUCGUCGUAGAACGGAAGGACGUAAUCGACGGUUUGCACGUCCCUCUAUAAAUGAUGCAAGUUCCUACCAAAUAGCAAGAAUGUUCGGUCUCAAUUCUUUGCCUUCUGGCAUGUUGGCAGCAUUUGAAAGCAGUGAAGAUGACUAUGAGGUAAAAAAGGGAGAAUACUUCCCCCUUACGUCCACCUUCGACUAUUGCAUUGGGUAA